ACGCGUUCACCUCUGGACAUUCUGCGGGGCACGAUUUUUAAAAUGGCAACAGACAUAUACAUUUGAUAGGGUAGUUGAUCCGAGGGAAAAUUAACUCGAUUGAAACGAAACGAUCACAGCAUAAUGACCGAUUGACGAGAUGCACACGGUAUUAACGGGGUAGCAUAGGGGUCGGUCGUGUUACCAGUUGAUAUCUCGAUAUCCUAAACUAGCUGGGGGUGUGAUAUCACUUUACGUUCGAUUUGUUAAGCGGUCGUUUGCUUUUCGCGCGAAAUAUACGUGCUGUGUGGGAAAUUACCGAAUCCCGAUGACACGCCCCUGACCAAUGGUCCCCCAGGAUAAAGGCAGGAGAGAAGGAAAGUGCAUCUCAUCUUAAAGGACAGAAGGAGAAAAUAAUAUGGGAAAAGGCGACAAGAGGGGCAUCGCACAGCGCAGCGAUGCGAGUACGAAUCUCAUGGGUAAAUUUACACAAAGUGUUCGGAGGAUCGUCCAAGAUGUGAAAGACGAAGGAACUUCAAGUGGACAAACAAAGGAAGAAGUGAUCGAAACAAACGAAAGAUUAAGAAUCGUAAGGAUACGUCUGGACGGAAGUUAUGAAAUCGCUAAACGUGCACUUGUUGAGCUGAUGUGUAAAUACACUGACAGCAAACAAGUUCGCAACGUGUUUCAACGUUACAAUCUUUUAAAACUUAUGAUAAAGGAUGUGAUUAAAUUGGAGACUCAAUACUGGACGUUGGUAGAUAUACCAAAGCAGGAGAAACAGGAGACGGUACCUGCCUUUGUCCUACGCGCGUGUUCCAUCAUGGAGAAGACACACAAGAGCGGGGAGGGCGUUAAAACCUCUGCCAGACUGGCAGAGGAGGCUGAGACGAAAAGGGAACGCAUCGAGAGACUUGAAAGUAUGACGACAGCCCAAAUUGAAGCAGAAAACACGCAAAUGACUAACGAUCUGUAUAGACUGCUGAAGAAAUACACAGGACUAAGGAAUCUGAUUCGAGACUUAAAGGAGGAGUACAACAGCUCAAAGGUGUAUCCAAUUUUCCCUCGUUACCCGAUACUGAAGGACAUGAUCAAGGAUAUAAUGCACAAUCCAGACUACAUGGAGGUUUGUCACGAGGUGGACCAAGCAUAGCGGCCAGACCCCCUCCACCGUUCACCACGCAUGACCUUGUAAAUUUUCUCGAUUUGCAAAAGGUCUUUUGCGCGGUCGCUGGUGAAGGGGGUGGAAACGAUGGGAAACGAACCCGAGCCAAGGUGUUCGUGGAUUUUGUAAAUUUAUUUCACUGAAAAAAAAACCACAUAUCCACGUUAAUCGUGCGCUGGUUGACGUCAUUUGUCCUGUGUCGCCUGAUUCGAUUUAAACCAGCGCAAAUUUACGAGAAACCAUUUGUUGCCCGCCACUUCUAACUCUGUUCGUUGAUCAAUGAACGCAUUCAGAGAAUGAAAUUUGAUAUCGAGGAAAGAUAAGAGGAAGAGAGAGAAUUUUAUUGGAAAAUUAUAAUUAAGGCUCUUUUAGAAAGAUCAUUUAGAAACCCUUCGGAUGUUGGAAUUGAACUGGUGGUACAGUCGGUGAGAUAUCUGCUACUUGAUGACUAUAUUCAAAACUUAUUUACCGGAGGAAGCAAACGUGAAAUAAUUUGAAACUUAAAUUGAAAAGUUUGCAAGUUUGACGAACUUGUUAGGAGUAGCAGUUCAAAACCUGUUUCGAAAUAAAUUCAUAGAAACCACCAUUGCAUGAUUCAGGAACCUAACCUAACUCCAAUAAUAAAAUACAUAAUAUUUAUAGAAGAUUCGCUACUUAACUAUAUUAAUGUUUACAAUAAAUUUUAUUUUUUUGAUUUUUGUAAAAUUAAUCCAAAAAUUUCUUAUGGCAUAAAGAAUUUUUUUUUUUUUAAUUAAUGAACAGGUAUUAGUAACACCAAGUGGCAGAUGUAAAAACAAUUCCAACAUAAUAGAAGUCGUUAGUUUCUGAUUUCGAUCGGAAUAGCCGCUUGCACGUUGAAACACAAAAUACAAAAUACACCAUGACGUUCCAUGGGGACGUUGCAUAAGGUGUAGAAUUUUUAUUAAUCCAGCUGAAAUCGCUCGUUACAGAGAGAAAGCUGAGAAAAUGUUAGAUUUGUAAGAUGUGUCCGCAUGUAUGCGUGUGUGUAUGUACGUGUGGAUUAACAAGAGGAUUAAAUGUGAAAAUAAAAAAAAAAACGUAAUAAUCUGCUUCCUGCUAAUGAGCAUGUGAAUUUAUAACGUUUCAUCGAAGGAGACCUCUCUUUACCUACGAACAGGACAAACAGGAGCAGUCUAGGACAUUGAAGUUUUUAUUCGACACUGGAGACAACACUUUUUACGAAUCUAAGGAAUUUGUGCUUCGACCAUGGUGCAGACUAUUAGAUAUAAAAUUGUUAACUUAUUAAUAAUCGAUGUCGUAAAUAUUGUACAGUAUGGAGCAUUGUAUUUUUUUCUAAAUUAAUCUUGGUGUUAAUAUUCCCAAAAUUAGGAUCUUGAAACUUAUCAUGUUUUCAUUCAGUUAUUCAUAUUUUAUUUUAAUUUUAGGUAUUUUCAAAUCUAGGGAAGUUUAUUCCUAAUGUGUGGUAACUUUAGAGUAUUAUGGCGAGUGGUGGCGCUUCCUCCGCCUACAUCGCUAUUUUCCCUAGGGACGACUAUGCUCGGUACUGUACAUCAAACUGAUAUUAAAGCAGUAAUUAAUGUCACUACCCUUUUUAUUUAUAAUUUCUACUAUUUUUCUCUGAAAUGAAGCUAUGAAAAUUCGGAAUAAUUUUUUACAUAGAAUAUGUACAAAAAAUUGUUCCGUAUUAUUAAUAAUUAUUCAACAAUAAAUUUAAUUCUGGUAUGUUUCUAGAUGCUUCCUCUUUUUAACUAACAGAAAUAGAAGAUAAUAGACAUAACAUUGAUAGCACUAUCAAUAUUUUUUUCUCAAUGAUUUUAAUUGUCAUGAUAUUAAGAGAGUUAGACUCGAUAUAAGCUAAAUUAUUGAAGCAGUUGAGGAUUAAAAAAGAAUAAUAAUAAUUCUCUCUGACAUAGGAAGCAGUUCACUGAUAAUAUCAGAAACGAGCUUCUUUUAUGUCUGUAAGAAGACUUUCCAGUACAUAUUCAGCUUAUCCACGUGUUAAAAUAAUAUUAUCUACUUUGUAUGUUAAAAUAAUGAUAGCCACAGAUCGCACAUAACAUUGCUGCGUAUUAAAAUGAAAAAAAAAAGAAAUGCAAAGUAUAUGAGCGUUACUUUGAUACACAAAACAUAUCGUCAUUGUCGUAUUUGUAUACAUAAUAUAAAUGUAAAAACAUCAACAUAAACAAAUACACGUGCAUACGUACAUGAAUCAUCAUUAUAUACUUUGUUCGAGUAUGAUAUUUUGUAAAUAAUUGAAAAAUUGCAUAAACGUUCAGAUUAAAUAUAUAGGUACGUAUGCUAGGUACAUCACAUUUUUUAUUAACAUGUUACAAGGCAUGAUUAUUUUGAAAUUAAUAAU